AUGAAGAGGUUCGCGAUUUUCUUUCUUGCCUCAGGCCUAGCUCGAGCAGUGACACAUUAUACGAGCGAGAAUGGGGUCAAUUAUGAGAUCAAAAUGACUCAGCAUGGAUCGGAGUUGCCUAUUGAGUUGGGUACUCGGCCUGAUUUAUCAACUAGCGGAUCUGUUAAAAUUGGUUCUCCUGGCAAAAAUCGGCGAAGCAACGUCCAGUCGUCAUCAUCAAACUGGUGUGGCAUGUCUAAUGUCAACCCGCCUUCUGGUCACUGGACCAACGUCGAGAGUGUCUGGAACGUUCCUCAAAUUUCGCUCCGCAGCGGCCAGACUAAUGCAAAUCAGCCCUCUAUUGCACAGUGGGUGGGCAUUGAUGGCGAUGGGUGUGGCACUGGUCUAAUUCAGGGCGGCACCGUUUCAGAGGUCCGUUCACUCUUUGUCAAAGAGCUGCUUUGA